CUUAAAUUCUUUGCUCGUUGCUGCAAACGUUUUAAAAGGAACAUACUUGUUGGAAAGAUGGCGCUGAGUGUGUAUUGUAUGUUGGCAGUGUAAUGUUUAAUAUGUUGCAACACAGUAUGUGUACAGGUUGUAUUCAAAUAAAUUGUAGACACAUAUAUUUUCUUCAACGUUUAGUGAGGCAUGAACGCGUCUGCAAGAAAAGAAAAAGAUAAAUUAGGCUCCCUUGAGAUCUUACCGACAGAAGUUCUACUUGUGAUAUUUAAAUACUGUACCUUGAGAGCCCUAGGAAACGUUUGUCAAACGUGCAAGCGACUGAACGGUGUGGUAAGCGACUUCAUCUGGUAUGAAAAGAGCCGGAAGGCGCUAGUGACCAAUCAAAUCAGUGCUGAUAUUCAGGCCAGGUCUUCACACAUCCUGUCUGCCACCAACAAGUGUCGCAUAGCCUGCAACUGGAUCAGGUGCCGGUACAAAGAGAAGAUUUACUAUCCAUUCAAGACCAAGCAUUUACCAUGGCUUGUGUUGGAGAGGGACUUGUUGUGGCUCAGCAGGGGGAAGUGCAUCCAAGCAUUUCGGAGGAAGCGGAGUGGACUGGUGCAUGUGCCAUGCAUUUCCCUUAUGGGGCACAGCGAUGACGUUUGUCGAUUUGUGAGUGCUGGCGGCUUGAUAGUGAGUGGAGGAAGGGAUGGAUCAGUGUGUGGAUGGUCUAGUAAUUCAGGACAGCUCCAGUUCUGCCAGCGUCAUAGCCAUAGAGGUGAUGUUGUUGCUGUGGAUAUGUUUGGCAACAUAGUGGUGUCAGGCUCGCAUGAUAAGACUGUUAAGUUGUGGCGAGUGUCAGAGCAAGGUCUUAUCAUGCUAAAGUUGAACAUCGAUGUGGGAGACAGGAUAUGGGCUGUUUCUGUUCAACCACAAGGCAAUAUAUGCUGUGUUGGUUCUGCUGGCUACUGGCAGGUGCCACCACUUCAUGUGUUUGAUAUGGAACGGGGAUGCAAAGUGAUGGAGUUGGAACACAACCCACAGCCUGGAGCAGGGAUUCUGGAUAUUAAGUGGGAGUCACCCCAUGAAUUCCUGUCUGGGGGGUAUGAUGCGAGCCUGCGAAUCUACGAUGUUCGUACUGGCUGCAAGGUGUUGAUGUGGGAAGACCCGUAUGACUCUAUAAUCUACAGCAUAGCAUCAGACAACUUGUAUACGAUGAUGUGUGGCAUGGGUGUUAACGGGCGUAUUCAUCUGUGGGACAAGCGCCAUAGGAUGGACACUGGAAAAUUUUACAUGUCUGCACAAAAUAGCAGUCCUGUUUAUGGUGUGGCAUUUGACCCAUGUCAACUUUUUGCCGUUUUGGACCAGUCACUACAUGUUCUGGACUUCACAGUGUUCAAGGACACUCCUGGCAGCAGAUGCUGUCCGUGGUCAUCAGGUUGGGUGCCACAGUAAUGUUAAGUUUUGGUGUAAGUGCUCGUCGUGCACAUCU